UGUAUUCUGACUGAGAAUCAGCUGACUACACGCGCUACAUAACUCAGAGCAAGUCACUAGAAAUUGCAAAUAUUGUGAGAUGUUACUGACUGAGAGCGUGCUAAGGAAAAUUUUUGCAAUGCCAAGAUUUUUGGAGUAUUGUAGAAAGUGCAUUCACCGUUAGACUGAGUUAGUUGUGUGUUGUUAGUUGUGUGUUUGGAGGCUGAGUUGGUUUAGCUUAGCGUAGAACAGUGGGCUGCACUUGCUCUAGACUGCUCCAUUAGGUGUAAAGAGUUCACCGCUGCCCUGUGGAUCAGCAGCAUGGAUCCAUUGGGCGCUCGCUCUCAGGUUGUGUAUGUGGAGACUCUUCCCACCUGGGACCAGCCUGAAGAGGUGGUUGAUGGCAAGGAGGAAGCAAAGUCUCAUCAGAAGGAAGAGGUUGACAGGCUGCCAGAUGUAAACCACAUAAACUCUCCUGUUUCUCCAUUUCCAUUCAGAGAGGAUAUCAACAGGAAAAUUAUUCUAUUCAAAGGCGAUGUGGCACUCUUGAGCUGCACUGCCAUUGUGAAUACGAGCAACGAGACCCUUACAGACAAGAACCCGAUCUCGGACAGCAUUCACAGACACGCCGGCCCUGAGCUCAGGGAUGAACUUUUCAAACUGAAAGGAUGUCGGACAGGGGAAGCAAAAAUGACAGAGGGCUUCAACUUGGCUGCACGAUUUGUUAUACAUACAGUUGGCCCCAAAUAUAAAGCCAAGUAUCGCACAGCUGCAGAGAGCUCCUUAUACAGCUGCUAUAGAAAUGUCAUGCAACUUGCCAAGGAGCAUGGCAUGACCUCCGUGGGUUUUUGUGUGAUCAGUACUGCAAAGAGAGGAUAUCCCAUCGAAGAUGCUACUCACAUAACCUUCCGUACUGUGCGCAGGUUUCUGGAGAACCAUGGAGAAAGCAUAGAGGCUGUGGUGUUCGCAGUGUCAGAUACUGAGGAGGCAGUGUAUAGGAAGUUACUGCCACUUUAUUACCCACGCUCAAAGGAGGAGGAGCGAGCCAGCCUGCCUCUACUGCCUGCUGACAUCGGUAAUGCAGAGGGGGAGCCAGUGGUGCCUGAGAGGCAGAUCCGCAUUACUGAGAAGCCUGGCAGCCUGGAUGAUGGCUCCGAGGAUGACUCUGGAGACUCAGACCUGGGACUGGUGGGUAAUCAUGCUUUUGCAAGAAUGGAAGGAGACGUGGAUAAGCAGCGAAGGCUGAUUCUUCAGAGUCAGCUUUCUGAAGCAGCCCAACAGAAACAGCACCAGAGGAACUAUAACCGCUGGCUGUGCAGAGCGCGAGCAGAGGACCUCUCAGACAUAGCGGCGCUAAAGGCCCUAUAUCAAACUGGUGUUGACAUGUGUGGCAGAACAGUAAUGGUUGUGGUAGGCAGAAAUAUUCCAGUAACUCUCAUUGAUAUGGAGAAGGCUUUGUUAUAUUUUAUCCAUGUGAUGGACCACAUCACAGUAAAAGAAUAUGUGAUGGUGUAUUUCCACACACUCACCAGUGAACAUAAUCACCUAGACACCGACUUCCUCAAGAGGCUCUAUGACAUUGUUGAUGUGAAGUUUAAAAAAAAUCUGAGGGCUUUCUACUUUGUUCAUCCCACAUUUCGCUCUAAGGUGUCCACAUGGUUCUUCACUACAUUCAGUGUUCCUGGGAUGAAAGAGAAGGUCCAUCACAUAGAAAACCUGCAGCAGCUCUUCACUUGCAUCUUACCUGAACAGAUAGACAUCCCCCCCUUUGUGCUGGAGUACAAUAACAGGCUUGACAAUGCCCCCGUGCACAAAACAAGCUCCAUGAAGACAUCGUUUGCCAAGGGUGGAGUGGAGGAGCACAGAGCCCUGACGUCAGCCCCAUGAACAUGGGAUCAAUUGGAAUACAGACUGCACCUCAGGCCUCCUCACCCAACACCAGUGCCCAACCUCACUAAUGCCCUUGUGGCUCAAUGAGCACAAAUACCUACAGCCACGUUCCAAAAUCUAGUGGAAAGACUUUGCAGAAGAAUGGAAGUUAUUAUAACAACAUAUAUAACUUAUUUAUAGAGAGGAGAAUAAAUAUGGAAUGGGAUGUUCAACAAGCACAUAUGGGUGUGAUGGUCAGGUGUCCACAUACUUUUGGCCAUAUGGUGUAAAAUAGGAAAGAAAUCUAAACAUAUAUCCACGUUUUUGUAAAACUAAUUGUGUCUCUUGUUAAACAAACAGUACAAAUAAAAUUGAAUUGAAUUGCUUAGAGCAGUUCUGUAUUUUUUUCUCUGGGUUUUUAUUAUUACAAAAUCUUCUUAAGUUUGCCUCAAGAAAUGUCAUUCUUGAGAAGGUUGGUGCUGCCAGGGAGUUAAAAUAAAUGCACCUUUGUAGAUGAACCCACUGGUAGGUCCUUUCAUAAAGGAUUUUCACAUUGUUCACAUGUGUAUGCAGGCUGAAAUUUUGUUUUUAAAGCAAAUAUGAGAUUAUCAUUGCCUAGAUCUUUGAAGGUAAAAUGUAGGAUAAAUUUUGUGUAAUUUUCUGCAAAUACCUACAAUUUAUAUGCAUUUAUAUUUAAGUCUUGUUGUUGGAUGGAGGUUUAUGUAUUUAGAAAGAGAAUUACAGGCAUUUAAGUCAGGAGAGUCGCGAUCUCUAAACUGUACUGUGCUGAGAGAGUGUAACUGUGGGAAAUGGAACUGCCAGGCUUUUUUUGGAAGCUGUAAUAAACAUAAGUAGGGCCAGAUUAGAAUCAGCAUGUUUGAUCAUUGUAAGAUGCAGGUCACUGAAAGGUUUUUUCCACCCUUGAAUAAUUGUUGUCAUGUCUUACAUGAGUAAUGUGUAAUAAAACUAACGCAAUAUGACUUUCCUACAAGCGGAGGUAGUGCAAGGUUUUUCUUAGGUGACUUCCCUUUUCGGUGAUUAAAAGAUAUAAAAAUAUGUAGGGGAGAGCCAGCACAAUUGUAACUUUUUUUGGUUUUUGCAGACUUCAUACUUCCAAUAUAUCAUGCGAAUCAUAUAUCGUUCAGUGCGAGGCUCUUGAGUGCAUACAUCUGAAAAAGCAGGAUUCAGAAAACAUGUAUAAGCUACAGAGAGCUGUGUGAGAUUGACAGCACAGCAAAAUAAAGCUCCUGUGCUUCACACACCUGCCCCUUGAGUCACGCUAGAAGGGUUGCCAAGGUAGUAUUUUAUUUUUUAUUUUUUUUUAAUGCCAAAUUGGACUAGUUUUGAAACAACAGAUCAGAAAUAUGUGCAUGCCAUGAUGAAAAUGCAGACUUUUUUGCUGGGCUAGUUUGGGCUAAUUUCAAGUCUUUCGUGCAGUUUGUGAGUUGUAGUUGGGGUGGAAAUUUUUUUUCUGUCAAUCCUGCAAACAAGUGCACAUUAGCUCUCUUGGCCAACAGCGAAUGUUUAAACAUUUUAAAUGGUUCAUUUCUGCCAUUUGGCUGUGUUAUCGCAAUGCAUUCUGAUUUAUAGCUAUUUAUAGCCAUAUUUAAUGUAAAUUGAAACAUCUUUACAAAGCCAGCUGGGUCAUUAAGAAUAUUGUUGUAUUAUAUUUUAUAUAUCAUGGACCUCACUUUGUGCACAGGAGCAUUGUCAUGCUCGAACAUGCUUGGGCCCUUAGUAGUUCCAGUAAAGGGAAAUUGCAAAGCUACCUCAUAAAAGGACAGUCUAUACAUUUGUGUGCUUCCAACUUUGUGGCAACAGUUUUGGGAAGAACCACAUAUGGGUGUGAUGGUCAGGUGUCCACAUACUUUUGGCGAUAUAGUGUAUUCCUGUUAUUACUUUCAUGUACACCCAGUGAACAGAAAUACUAACAUGAAUCCACCCUGAUUUAAACUGUUCAAAUAGCUUUAUUGUAGUUUAAUGGCCACAAUAGGAAUACAUCAGAAUAUUAUAUUGUCACAUGUGCAGUUUAGGGAAACCUUAUUGUAGUUAGUCGGAAAGGCAAAGGUUCCCUAUUGACCCUGUCAUUUUCUUCCUGUGGUUCUAAUCGAGUUUCCAUAAUAUACCCUAUAAAGAGUUGGCAGUGCAUUGAUUAAAUAUUUACUUUAUUACUCAUGUUCUCUACUGUAACGCAAAUUGAUUGGUUCUGUGGCAUGGCCUGCUCUUGCUUUGGGUCAAAAAGGCUGGAUUGGUGAAUUGUCUGUCAGAGGAUGCAUUCCUCUGUUUGUCUACACUUGGUGUGAGGCUGAAACUGGGAAUGAGUACAGCUGCACUUACUGAGCACUAUUAGACUGCAUGACAUGUUUCUGUUUCUGUUUGCGUGCGUGUGUGCGUGCGUGCGUGUGUGUGUGUGUGCGCGAGAGAGAGAGCGCACACGUUUUAAUGUACAGUUCGCUGCACAUCAUCUAAGAUACAGACCUUAAAACACAUUGUACUCCCAAUUUUUUUUAAACAGAUGCCAGUAAUCAAAUAUAAGCUCUGCACGAACCUAAAGACAGAAAAAAAUUACACUUUAUUUGCACCAUGAUUUCCCUCUUCAAGCAAACAGUGGGGGGCAUACUAUUGUACAAGCCUCAGCUACUUUUCUGUUAUGUCUUAUUAUGUCUUAAUUAGCCAUUCUGGUGUAGAAACAGCCACUCAACCCUUGAGUAUUUAUCAUUAUGUUUUAAAGACUUGAUUUGGCCUAUUUAGCUAAUUAUGGUUAAGUAGUUUUUUAGUGCAUCUGUAGGAGCACAUGGCCAUCCAUUUGAAUACUAAAUUUGUCCUUUCUUUGUCAAGGUCUGUUUGAGUUCUCUAGUAAGAUAUGGGUGUAUGAAUGCGUGUCACUUUAUCUGCAUGUCUGCAUUUUGUCCCUCUUCUUAUUUCUUUAGCUACAAUCCAGGGUUACUUUACUGGAGUGUUUUCUAGAAUUCUCUGAUUAUUUUACUGACUUGGCUUUGUUUUCUACAAGGGAACUGUAAUUCCAAGGAACAAAUCUACACUCACGUUAACCCUUUUCUUCUAUUCAAAUCAAAAUGACCCAUUUAACAUUUUUAACUAAAGUGAAACCAUAUUAAACUUUCAUGAUUUUCAGCAUCAAAGUUGACGUGCUCAUUUUCUCCGUUGAGCAAGAAAAAAGGACGCAUUUACUUUUUGUGCAUUUGCCAUUACCCCAUCUCCAUUCAUAUUUAUGUCACACACAUAUUUAUGUAUGUUUCGGGCAUUUUGACUUAUGAGUAAAUUAGAUUAUAAAAGAGUGGUGAAAUAUCAAUUGACACCAACUGCAUUUUACAAAUAUAAAACAAAUAGGUGGAUUCACUCUGUUACAUUACCACCAUGUCUUAUUUUCAGUCAUACUUGAUUACACACACCUAAUGGUAGGAGCAUCCCAAGGCACGGGAACUGGGUUUGUGCAUCUUUACUGUUACCCAAAAACAUGCAUGUCUUCGAUAUCAGUCAGUUCAAAUAUUUAUUUUUAGAUAUUAUAUCAAAUAUUUAUUUUCGGUCUCAAUGCCCAAUAUGACCCAUAAACUAUGCAUCUGUUGCUAAAUAGCAAACAGAACACAAGGGUUAAAUCCCCUAAAAAACAGUUCGACAAUGCAUGAAUGUACUCCAAAGGCUUUUGUACUCUGGCCACUUUUUUGAGUGCUUAAAAUCAGUUGGUCAUGGACAUAGCAGAAUAAUCUGCUUUUGUUCUUGUUCGACCUGCAGGCUUCAGAUCGUGCUGAUGAAAGCUACUCAACUUUGUCCUCAUAGCCAUGGUAUGGGCAGGAGAGCACGCCUCAAGUACACAAGCCAAUAAACUUUUGGGUGGUUGGACUGGGCAUCGAGAUCUCUGCAUAAUCGAGUUGCAUAGAUUAACUGCAGUCAUAGGAUCCAUACAGAGAUCAUUAUAUAUAGUGGUGUCAAACUCAAAUUCUGAAGGGCUGUAAUAGAAGUUUAUAUAUACUAUUAAAGUGUAUGCCCUGUUAGGUAAUAACAUUUACUAUACUGAUUAUAAUAAGUUUUUUAUAUAAAUGCAUUCCUUUCUUUAAUCACAUUUUAUUGGAUACCAGCGGCUGUGAUCAGGGAGUUGGGUUGAUGUAUUUUUUCUGUUUCUGUGUGAAAGCUACUCGCCAGAUAGCUACACUAUAAGCACAGUUUACUACAAAAGAAACGUAGAUCAGGAUUUAUAAUAUAAGGUGUAAUUUUCUCCUCAUGUUAUUUUAAUCAUUUUCAGUGGAACUGUCAUACAGGUAUUUUAUGGCAAGGUUAUUAAUAUGGAAAGAUUGUUUGAUGGUAGAUUCUGCCUUGUAUGAUUAAAUAACCAGCUCAUGUCAUCACCGCGCCUACUGCUGUCUGACAUCCACGUGAAAUGCACAAGCGUGUCACACUUACCAGUUCAAUUGUACAGAGCAGGAAAACAAUUGUGAUUUUAUUUUGUAUAUUUCCUCAUUCCAUUGAAAUUAAUUUCUGUUUAUGCCACAGCCAGCACAACAUACAAUGUGCUUCUGCAUCACUUUUAGAUGCGAGUGUGAUUUGACAUCAAGCGCAGCACUCAGGUGUUGAUUUUAACUCAUGUUUCAGUCCGUGGUCAUGCCAAACAUAGAAGAAACCAGAGUGCAUAUAUACAUGGCGGUUUACAGUAAUUAUCCAUUGGAGAUUUUAAAAAGUGGGAAAGAGGCUACUGCUCAUCAGUUUUAGUUAAGCAGUGUGAGAUGUGUACGCAUGCUGUACGAUUGCGGCCACUAUGCUAUGGAUCUGCUGUGAAUUCUGGAUAGUGUGAAAAUAUUGAGCAGUAUUAUAGACCUACUGCUGCACAUUUCACUAAUAUAUUUUUUUUCCAAGUUCCUGCAUUCCAAAUGAUACAACACUUGUGAUAUAAUGUGUAGAUGGGUGACGCAGUUUAUUUUUGCUGUCAUGGUUUGGAUUCACUUGUCCCCUUAGAGAGAAGAGUCACUGCAAAUCAAUAAAAAGUUAUUCUGUCUACUGAUUAAAUUUAAUCCUAUGAUGAAACAUUUUUAUCCUGAUCAGAACAGUCUGUUCCAGGAUCAUAAUGUCCAUAUUCAUGAAUGGUUUCAACCAAAAUGAAAACCUGUGGGAGAUCUCCCCGCCAUCCAACAUCAAAACUCUAACUGAGGAAAGACUUUUUGAAAGAAUGGUGUAUAUCCUUCCA